AUGUCUGAUUACCCUCUGACUUGUCCUUUGCCCGGCUGCGAAGAAACUCCCCAGCUUCUAAACACCACCGGUGCCCGCAGGCAUCGUCACCGUUAUCACGCUGUGCCGAUUCCGUUCACGUUCGAGGACCGCCAGUACAUCCUGACGAACUCCGAUAAUCAAUACAGCUGUCCAUUGCCCGGGUGCGAUAAAAAUUUCAAACAGCGUGAUGGAAUAGAAAAACAUAUGUUCGUCAAUCACAGUGUGAGCAACGAUGUAAAAAUGUUCGCCACUGCUUCGCCAGGACAUCAAACAACCCAAGACCGCGGCAAUCCCGCGGUGCAGGUUCCUGCGCCAGCCGAGCUUUUCCCUCAGGGGGUUGACUCCGCAGCUACCACUUCUGCAGCAGAUUCUGCCACAGUACGGCUCAUGCCAUCGACAGACUACUUGAAGUCGAACGACCUCAUGGAUGCGAUGGGCGUUUGCAUGCAUACUGCACUCAAAAUCCUCCUCUGCUAUGACUGCGGCGCGGCAUUGACCUCCGAGAUGGUCGCCGGCCACAGGACAAAUUUCCACCCAUCGUAUAAGGCAUGUUCAUGA